AUGACACCUAGGAGCGAUGCCCUAACUCCUAGCAACUGUCAUUCUAUUUUAAAAGUCAUAAGGCAAAUGAAUAAUAUCGUUUAUGUAAUUUCAAAAGGAGGUAAACCUCUCAUGCCAUGUUCUAAUACCAAAGCAAGGCAUUUAUUAAAAAGUGGUAAAGCAGAGAUAGUGAAAUAUGAACCUUUCACCAUCCGAUUAUUAUUUGAAUGCGAAAAUAAGGUUCAGGAUGUCAUUCUCGGAGCAGAUACUGCUAGCAUAAAUGGUGGACUAUCGGCUAGAACUGAAAAGAAAGAAUUAUAUUCAGCAGAGUUUAAGAUUAGAGGACAAGAGAUAGUGAAAUUAAUGUCUGCUAGAAAAGCACUAAGGCAAAAUCGUAGAAAAGCACAGAAAAGGUUAAUUGCCGAAGUUCAUAAAAUACUGCCUAUCAGUAAAGUGAUAGUAGAAGUUGCUAGUUUUGACAUUCAAAAACUAAAAGACCCAGCAAUCCAAGGAAUAGAAUAUCAGCAAGGAGAAAUGCAAGAAAAGUUGCAAAGGCAAGAUUUUGAAGUUAGAGAAAAUAAAGUUGGAUUUAAGUUUGUCAGAGGUGAAAGUUUUAGGCAUCAAGCAUCCAUGAAUACUAUGCGAUGGAAAUUAUUUAAUGAUUUGAAAAAGAUUUAUAAAAAUGUUUCUUUAACUUAUGGAUACAUCACAAAAAACACUAGAAUUAAAAACAAAUUAGAUAAAUCCCAUAGGAAUGAUGCCUUAUGCAUUAGCGGAAAUGUAAAUGUUGAAAGAGUAAAAGAAUGA